CGUCGUGGUUGAGUUGACGGCGAGUUGACGGCAAGUACUAGGACCGGUUUGGAUGGGAACGAUUAGAACGCACAUUGAAAUUGUUAUUGACGGCAUUCUGUAUCAAAAGUUGCAGUUUCUCUUGUCGACGAUCACUAACCGUGCAUCGAGAUUUUCUUCUUGUCUCUCACCAUCGAGAAAGAUAAAACAAAUUGGGUAUUUAUGCAACGGUUGAUAACUUUUCGGUAAUGGAAAAGGCUUUACUUUGAUCUGAGAUUUUUGGUUGUUUCAAACUCUUGAGUGUAGUCAAUCUUGAUUGAUCAUGGCUCAGAAUGAGGAUCCGGUUCUUGUGCAUACGUGGGAGCAGAAUGAUACGGGAUUGACGAUCAAGCUGUCUACUGGGCCAGUAGUGACUAGCGACGAUGUUAAUGCAGAGUUUACUGGUAGAGAUUUCCACCUAAGACUCGCAGAUGGCAGGUACUGGCACUGUGCGUUCAACAAGGAGGUGAAAAAACCAACGUGCACAUUCAUUGUGGAGAAUGAGGAAGUCUGCAUUACCAUAGAGAAAGCUGUGCAUGGAGAGACAUGGCCGGAUCUUAAGGCUUCCUCGAACUCUUCAAGAAGUGAAUCUUCAUCACCCGCUGACACCAGCACAUCUUUCCAACCUCCCCAAACCGUCCCUUGUCCCCCACCUCCCCCUCCCCCACCCCUGGCUCCUUCCCUUCAGCCAUCUAGUCAUGCUCCAAUACCCCCUGCUCUGUCGGAUGUGGCCAUCCAGUGCCCACCUAAAGCAUACAUCAUCAACCAUGCUAAGAACGACUGGUUCGAAAAAGAUACUUCAAGUUUAGAUCUUCAUAUUUAUGUCAAACAAAUCGACAAGGAGUCUGUGGAUGUGUAUUUUCGAGAUCAAGAAAUGACCGUCAGAUUCAGGACAAGUGACACCAAGUUUCUGAAACUUCACACCAAUGUCUCUGAAGAGACACUUUUCAGUUGGACUAUCCACUUAAAGAGUUCUAUCUCUCCGGAGCAGUGCAUUUACAAGAUUAACCCGUACAAACUGGACUUUCACUUGCGGAAGAAAGUCAGUGAGCGUUGGGGUUCCUUGGAGAGGGUCAUUACAAAAGCAAGUCCAGCAGCUCAGGCAGGUGUUUCCAGUAAAUGGAUGCCGCUAUCCUCGGCUAACUCAUCCAACACUGAUAAGGAAGACCUAGGGGAGAUGGCCAAAGACGUGGGGUCAGAGAAAGACGUUUUGAGAGGAGCUGUAGGCGGAGCUAAAUCAGUGGAUUCGGGGGCGGAUAAUCGACAGCAGAAGCCCACGUGCACUGUGCCCCCUCAGUCACACCUACCGGGUACCAGCCAAACGGUAACCAAACCUGAGCUGUACAACCCAGGCUUUACGGGACUUGACAACCUGGGGAAUACGUGCUUCAUGAAUAGCGUACUUCAGGUCUUAGCCAAUACUAGAGAGCUGAGGGACUAUAUGCUAGAUUCGAAUAUGAAGAAUGAGAUCAACUACAGUAAUCCAUUAGGCACCGGUGGUACUCUGAUCUUGACCUUUGCUGUGCUCAUGAGGUCACUGUGGUCAGGCAAAUACAGAUCAUGUGCUCCCUCAAAGCUCAAGAGCACCGUUGCAAGCAAAGCAAGUCAAUUUAUGGGCUUUGCACAACACGACGCUCAGGAAUUCAUGGCCUUCUUGCUUGAUGGUCUACAUGAGGAUUUGAACAGAGUGAAGAACAAGCCGUACGUUGAGGCAGAGGACUCUGACGACAAGCCUGAUGAGGAAAUUGCUGAGGUAGCCUGGCAGGCACACAAGAAGCGCAACGAUUCGUUCAUCGUAGAUCUCUUCCAGGGACAGUACAAAUCCAAAUUAGUCUGUCCAGAAUGUGGAAAGGUUUCCAUAACCUUUGACCCCUUCAUGCACCUGUCGGUUCCCUUACCCAAGAAGAAGAGAGUGCUACCAGUUUACUUUUUCUCCAAAGACUACUACAGGAAACCAGUGAAGUAUGUGGUAACGUUGUCGAUGGAUGCCACUGUAGAUGAGCUCAAGUCCAUCAUGGCUGAUAAGACCCAUGUCCAGGCUGUCAAUUUACGGGUAUUUGAAAUGUAUCGUAGCAGGGUGCAGAAAAUCUUCAACAAAGCUAGCAGUCUCAGCACUGUCUCUAAUAACGACAUCAUCUUUGUAUGUGAAGUUCUUUCUAGGGAGCUCUCAGGGGAGGAUGUGCAAGAGGUGAUGGUAAUGCAGCGGAUGAUGAUGCCACCUCCUGCUGCUAGAUGCUCAUACUGUAGGAAAGAAAGAGAAUCGGAUCACUCCCUCAAACACUGCACCAAAUGUUACAGAGCAGGAUACUGUGAUCGUAACUGUCAGAAGAAACACUGGCCAACCCACAACCUGACAUGCAGACGUGAUCUUGAACCUCUGGGAUGUCCGUUUGUUAUCAGCCUUCCUGUCUCUCACUGCACGUAUGCAAGACUCAGUCAGGCCAUGGAGGCGUAUGCAAGGUACUCUACAAACAUAUUCCAACCACCGGUUACAGCUACUUGCAAACCACCGACAUCUGCUGCAUCUCCCACUAGCAAACCCCCCUCUGAUGCAAGUGAAAUGGCUGAACCAUCCAUACCGAGUAGGGGGCAAGGGGAUGAAGCUGGUCCAGCCCACUCACAGGAUAGGGUAGAACUAGAUGUGCAAUCGAUGGAGGGUGAGACUAGCUCUAGUGAGGUAGCAUCAGGAGAGGUUAUUGUGGACGGUGAAUCGGACGGCACCAAACAGAAAACAGCUGAUGGUGUCGCUAAAGCAACUGUUCACGGUCAGCCUCAGUUACCGGAGAGGACAAUGCCGCCGUUCUUCAUCAAGCCAGUUCAUAUGUCAGGACAUGGUUCGAUCGGCCAUAAUGGGGAACGACUCUCCGACAGAGGCGACACACCCAUUAACAUCAAACACUAUGAUUUCCUGUCAAUGGAUUGGAGGAACGAUCCCAAGAUGCAAAAUCACGUCCUGGUGGAAUCUAAAUCAUUGGAAUACACAGAAGAUGAGUCUGUGUAUGAACACUAUGAAGAAGAGAAGAGCACCAGCCUAGACCAUUGCCUUAACCUCUUCACUGAGCCUGAGAGGCUGGCACCAGACGAAGCAUGGUACUGUCCACAGUGCAAGGAACACCGUGAGGCAACAAAGCAAAUGUCUCUUUGGCGUCUGCCAUCUUCUCUUAUCAUCCAACUUAAAAGAUUCUCCUUCAAGAACAUGAUCUGGAGAGAUAAGAUUGAUAAGAUGAUACGCUAUCCAGUCAGGGGUCUGGAUUUGUCGCCGUACUGCCAUGGAGUGAAGGGCCCUGUCCCUCCGAUCUAUGACCUUUACGGGGUCAUUAAUCAUCAUGGAGGAAUUCUAGGUGGGCAUUAUACCGCCAUUGGUCGCCUCCCCAGUGUAGAAAGCUGGAAGAAAAAUGAACAUGAAUGGCGCCUGUUUGAUGACAGUCAUGUUUCCUUGAUUUCCGACAAGAAUGUGUGCGCCCAGUCUGCUUAUUUACUGUUCUACCGGCUCCGUCAGCCAUACAUCCCAUACGUACCAUUCCCGCUGGAAGCCAACCCACCCAUGGAGUGCAGUGGUGGGCCGGAGGUAGCCAAUGCUGCCGGGGGGCACGGGGGCGAGCCAGACAAGGAUAUAGAAGACAACGAUGAGAAGGAGGAUGAGGUAGAGGAGAUGUCAUCUCUAGAUAAUCGUGAUGUACAUGAAGGAUGUGUUAAAGACUCUGCCGAUGAAAUCCCGUAUACUAACAUGGAAGAUAUUGACUAAGAAAAACAUGGGUAUGGAGUCAGCGUUCUCCCUUAAAGGCACUGCAGCCGAUUUCACAAAACUCUAGGAUUAAUCCUAACUCGAGUUAGGACGAGUAACCCGUCCUAACCUAGGAUGGGUUCAAUGCGUCCUACCCCUUUGAAUACGGAACUCAACUACUCCUAAGUCCUAAGAUUAAUCCCAAGUUAGGAAGAGUUUGGUGAAAUCGACGGCUGGACAAAGACCAG